UUGGUUUAAUGGCCUUGUAUUUGGCAGUUAUGGCGCAACCAAAGCUAAGUGAGGACGUGUAUAACGUCAAAAGUGGUGACAAUGCCGUUUCAAAAGAGACAGUUUACCUUGAAGAAACAUUUUAUAUUCGUUUAAAAAAGAAAACACCAUUUCGCGUAAGAUUAACCUCUAAGAGAUUGUCUUUAAUAAAAGACGAUUCAUCAAAAGAACAAACGAUACCCUUGCAAGACAUUAUUGGAAGUAAAUGUAUGAGAAGCAAAAGACGGCGCGUUGGUGCUGGUUCUUGUGUUUGCAGGUCAUUUGUGGGUAAACCUCCACUGAAAGUCGUUGAUGAGGAUAGCGGUGACCUUGAUGAAAAUGAUAUAAGUGCAUAUCUUUAUAUUUACGCUUAUAAUUUAAAGCGCAGCCGCCGUUCUCUUAAGCGAGAGCGGACAACAAUAACAUUGCAGUUUCGAUCGUAUGAUAAAUAUGAAGAUAAUAACAGAGAAGCGCAAAGGUGGCGAAAUACAAUUAAAUGUUUGAUAGCAAACGAACCGAUAACAAAUGUGGUGCCGCAAAACGAUAAGAAACUUUUAAUACUUAUAAAUCCGAAAUCCGGUUCAGGUAAGGCCGUCGAACUAUUUCAAGCUAAAGUUGCGACUAUCUUAAACGAAGCUGAGAUUCCUUACUACCUUCGCGUGACUGAAAGUGCUCAAUAUGCUCGUGAUUAUAUUCGCACGAGGGAUGUUUACGGCUGGCGCGGUGUUGUAGCGGUGGGCGGUGAUGGCGUCUUGUUCGAAAUUUUAAAUGGCAUGUUCGAGCGACUUGAUUGGCAACAGGCUCUUGCUGAAGUUCCCUUGGCUAUCAUUCCAUGUGGCUCUGGAAACGGUUUAGCAAGGACCAUUUGCCACCACUAUAACGAACCGUAUAUAACCCACAACCUCACUGGACUGUCGAUGGCAUUAGUGAGAGGAAAAACAGCAAACAUGGACGUCGUCCGAGUUGAAACCAAAACUAAAAUAAUGUAUUCCUUUUUAUCUGUCGGCUGGGGUCUGCUUGCGGACAUCGACAUUGAAAGCGAAAAAUUAAGAGUGAUCGGUGGCCAAAGAUUUACUCUUUGGGCAUUAGCUAGAUUGAUCGGAUUGAGAAAGUAUAAAGGCGUGAUACACUACGCAAGAAUAAAAGAUGUGAGCAAUUUGCCAAAACCUAAACUUCCGCUCACAAUAAGUCACAGCGUAAGCCACGACGGCGAAUUGGAUUCCCCUGACACAGAAGACUUCGUCGAUUGUUACGAGAACUCGGAAACAUUGACGAAUGUCGUGAACGGUAAGCGACAUAAGCGGGUUGACUCGUGGCAUUCGACUAAUUCAAGGCGGAGUACAUUCUACAGCACGAGGGGAUCGGAAUAUCAUAGCGUGACGAGCAGCGGUUCAGAGAUGCGAUCUCCCGUUCACGCGUGCAUGCACGGCCCAGCAUCACAUUUGCCGUCACUAAUGUCCCAAUUACCAUCCCACUGGGAGCGUGAGGAAGGCGAAUUCGUAAUGGCCUACGUUUCCUAUCAAGCAUACAUCGGUGAAGAUUUAUUAUUCGCCCCACGUUCCCAGCUGUCCGAUGGGGUCAUGUGGCUUCUGAUUAUUAAAGCGGGAAUAACGAGAUCUCAAAUAUUCUCAUUCCUCAUGGGAAUGAGCCACGGCAGUCACUCGGAAAUAAACGGUGAAUAUAUCAAAAUGAUACCAGUUAGUGCAUUCAGAUUAGUGCCAGAGGGCCCGAAUGGUUACAUAACUGUUGAUGGAGAGCUGGUCGAAUAUGGACCCAUUCAGGCUGAAAUAUUCCCAAAUAUAGUAAAUUUAUUAGUACCUACGAAUAAUCUUUAGAUUGUUUUCAGUUUGAAUGACUUAUGAAGUUUGAGUGAAGUCGACGAGAGAGUUAAGUGCAAUAAAUGUUAAAAAUGUCGUAAAAAAUAUAUUUAUUAGUAAAAUGGUUGUGCCUGAAACAGUUAAUACCAAAGUAAAAAGCUGAUUUUUAAAAACUAAGCCAUUACAUAAUAAUUGUGAUCUAUAUUUAUAUCCGUUUUAAAGUUUUGCAGUGAGUUUCUUUAGAGGCAGAAGAUGUGAUAAUAUUUUUUAAGAUAAAAAAAAAAUUCUAUAAACAAAAAACCAUCAAAAUGAUGACUAGUCAACAAAUAUCGGAACGUACAUAUGCAGCAGUGCCAAAUAUUCUGCACUAUAAUUUUUACAAGGAAUUGAUUAAUUGUUGUUAUAUUGAUAAUAAUGUUAACGGAAACAUGAAAUAUUCUUAUUGAUUGCUCAAAGAUGGGGCACUUGUUAAAAGUAACAUUUUCCAGUAACAUGACUAUAUAUACUGUGAAAGUAACAGUAUUGCCAUAUACAUUUUUAGUUAAGGUCAAUAUAUAUUUAUUGAUUAAUUCAAUUCCUACAAUUAUCCUAAAUAAUAAUAUAUUAUGUUUCAUUAAUAAUAAUAAAUUAAGUAAAUAAUAAGUAGCAGCUGCAUAAAUAAAUGUAUUUAUUAUUUCAUGAAAUAUACUUAUUUAACAGUAUUUUUUAUAAUAUUAUGGAGUUUAUCUGUCUGUGAUAAUGUACUUCGCCAUAAAUUUAGUGUCAGUAAACCCCAUAAAUUGAGCCUAAUUUGAUUGAUAUUGUCCUUUCAGUAUGCAAUACUUUGUGUAAUUCGCACAAAAACUUCUUCAAAAGACUUAUAUAAUAAAAAUGUUUAUGUUUUUAAUCUUUUCAGAGUCUAAAUUUUCUUUAAAUAAUUAUUUUUGGAUAGAUAAAUAAGCAAGAAAUGUAUUACUAUGCAAGAUAUUGUUUUUUUUGCCAAAAAAAAAAAAUAAAACAACAAGGUGAUAGAUGUUAUCUUGUAAUGUGUUAAGCUUCAAUAUUUUUUCAGGCGCACACUUUUAAUGUAUUGUUUUUAUUUUAUAAAUGUUUAAAUAGUUUUUAAUAAAGUUGUAUGUAUGUCAAGUUAAUAUCCACAUUACAUGGGUUUUAUGGUACCUCUUAUUUUUAAUACUUAUGUUGAUUGAAUAUUAUUUUAUAAGUUUCCUACAUUCCGGAAAUAUUCCUACUCAUUAAUAAAAAUAUUCCAAUUAGCUUUAUAAUGAAAUGAAUUUUAAAUGACAAAUGAUGUCAAUAAAUGGUUAUGAUUGGAAAAA